UCCAGGCUGCCUCCCUUCUGCAGCCGCCCGGGAUGGGCGUGCGGAGCGGCGGGCGGGAGCCGCGGGCAGCGCUGGGGCGGCGGCACAUGGCGGGCGGCGGCUGAGCGGAGGCGCGUCCCGGUGCGGGGCUCUCGCUCUCCGGCAGCGGGGCUGGGGCAGUGCCGGCGGCCUAGGAAGGGGCAGCAGUGAGGGGUCCUGUGAACCCUGGUCCCGGGCAUGGCGGAGAGCCUGAGCCCCUGUUCUCCACGGGGCCAGUGCCAGCCCAGCAUGGGCGCCAACACCUCGUCCGCCAACGUGGACGCCAACGCCUCCUCCUCGGUGGUGGGCGGCAGUGCGUGGAGGGGCCGGGAAUCCUUCUCCGUCUUCACCGUCCUCAUCCUGACCCUGCUGGUUCUCCUGACCGUGGCCACCUUCCUCUGGAACCUGCUGGUGCUGGCGACCAUCCUGCGAGUGAAGGCCUUCCACCGGGUGCCCCACAACCUGGUGGCCUCCACGGCGGUGUCGGACGUGCUGGUGGCGGCCCUGGUGAUGCCGCUGAGCCUGGUGAAGGAGCUGUCGGCCGGGCGGCGGUGGCGGCUGGGCCGGGAGCUGUGCCUCGUGUGGGUGUGCUUCGACGUGCUGUGCUGCACGGCCAGCAUCUGGAACGUGACUGCCAUCGCCCUGGACCGCUACUGGUCCGUCACCCGGCAGCUGCAGUACACGCUGCUCGCCCGCCGCCGCAUCUCCAAUGUCAUGAUCGCUCUCACCUGGCUGCUCUCCGCCGCCAUCUCCCUCGCCCCGCUCCUGGGCUGGGGCGAGACCUACAGCCCCGAGCAGGAGCGCUGCCAGCUCAGCCAGGACCCGUCCUACACCAUCGUCUCCACGGGCGGGGCGUUCUACCUGCCCCUCUGCGUGGUGCUCUUCGUCUACUGGAAGAUCUACAAGGCGUCCAAGUUCCACAUGGGGGGCCGCAGGAGGAACGCCGUGGCGCCCCUGCCCGAGGCUGCCCAGGUGAAGGAAGCUUCUCAGGAACCACAGAUGGUGUUUACAGCGCGUCGUGCAGCUAUCACUUUCCAGACAGAUGGAGAAACAUGGAGAGAACAGAAAGAGAAAAAGGCAGCUCUGAUGGUUGGCAUCUUAAUUGGAGUUUUUGUACUGUGCUGGAUCCCUUUCUUCAUCACAGAAUUAAUAAGUCCCCUCUGUUCCUGCAACAUCCCACCCGUCUGGAAAAGCAUCUUUCUUUGGCUUGGCUACUCAAAUUCUUUCUUUAAUCCUCUCAUUUAUACGGCAUUUAACAAAAAUUAUAACAAUGCCUUCAAGAACCUUUUUGUAAAGCAAAGAUAAAAGGAGACACAGAAGAGAAAAUUAUUGCAUUAUAGAGAGAUUUCUUGAGGGAAACAUUCCUGUGAUAUGUACAGUUUUUAUGCACAAGAGCUACUUGAGGGGAUUUAGGAGCAGUGAAAAAGAAGAUGGAAGAUGUCUGGAUAUAAACCUACUGAGAGUUUACAGUUCCCCCUUAGAAAUACAUAUGUGCUGUGCCAGGGUUUGGCAAAGAAGGUGGAGGCAGGGAAUUCCUCUCGUCUGCUCUUCAAAUCAUCACGGGAAGUGCUGUGUGUGUCCAGUGCUGCGGCUGUCACACCCAACACGGCUGAUCCUGCCCAGCCAGCCCCGGGGCCGUGCUGGAGCUCUCCUCGUUAGCAAAGGCACUGCUGGGAGCUGCUAAUUGAGCAAUACUGACAUGUUUGUGACAUGGGCAAGAUGCUGGCUUCAGUUUUGAGGUUUAUUUGGAAGGGAAUAAACAUGCUGCAGUCAAUCAGUCCUUGAGCUGAUGUGAUAUUAAAGUAGAUGACCAAGCAGCUGAGAAACACAUCCUGCCAGGAUUGAGGGGCUGUGUGCUCUGCAAGCAGCAGGACUUGGUGGGCAGGCCUGGUCAAACGGGGGUCAGCUGUGUCCCAAACACAAACAGGUCACAAACACUUAAGUUAAGUGAAACUUAAGAGGCAAGUACGGAAUUAUUCAGAGCCCCUGAGAUUGUGCUCUCACUGCUUGCAAAGGAGGAUCUAGUGAGGAUUUUUUACUUGUGUUGUCCUCUCACUCUGCCAGGCUCAGACUCUCCCUGUUUUAUGAAACCCAGGUGAGCUCAAGAUAGAAACCAACGCCUCCAAGUGAAUGAGGACUGUAUGUAUGGUUAUUUCAUGCUACCAUAAAACUGAGCAGGCAUCUGUGUUACAAACACCAGCCAGGAUGUUCAGUCACACCAGCUGUGCUGGCAGCAACACGUGGCUGCUUGGCAGUGCUAGGUGAGUGCCUGCACCGUGUCUGGGGCCCUUGCACCAUAAAUGUACUCAUCAACCUGGGUGAAGUCAACAAUUUGUCAGCUGGCAUCAACUUCCUCCUGGUGUAACAAAGGGGUGGAUGCCAUCAGGUCUGACUCCCUAAAACUCAAGCCUUAAAUAGUUUUCCCAAGAUCUGACAAACACCCCUGCCCCAACAAUAUAUACGUAAAUAAUCUAUUUCCUUGCAUACUGCCAAGUCCAUCUUGCUCCAUAUUUGUUUCUCUGGUGGGUUUUACUUCCUCCCCUGCUCUGAGUGGGAGGGCUGACAGCAUCUCUGAGUAUUUCUAGCAUGGCAGCUUUUUACUGACACAGAGUCCCUGGAGGCUUAAGAGAGCUUGGCUGCAUCUCAGGAGCACAGUGUAUGGUGAGGUCAGGCAGUGCUGUACCUCACACCUGCAGUGCUGUGACAGUCCAGUGUGACCUGCUGUGCCUGCAGCCACAGCCACCUGUGUGUCUUGCAUUCCUGCAGAGGAUACUUCUCUCAAUUUCAGUGGGAAUUCAGAAGUUUUAAUAACCUAGAAUUUCAAAAAGUUGUUAGAUAAUGACUCAGAAUAAAUGCCAAUUUAAAUAACUUUCCCUUGUGACUCUCAACUUGCCUGCAUAUGGAAUAGCUACCAUUCAAACCAGUGUUUGGAGGCUUAAUUAAACCAGAAGGAAGGCACAUAUGUAAGAGACUGAAUGUUACUAAAACCUGCAGCCUCCUUCAGAACCACUGACAUAUUUUUCAAGUCCAUUGAAUUUUUUUUAUGUAAGAGAGUCAGUCCUCUAAAACCUUCAAAAUCCAAACAGAUGACAUGGAAGGAGGAAAUGCAGAAGUCAUCUUGAGCUGGUGUUGAAAAGCAUACAAAUCUUCUGCAUGUGGCACUCCUGAAGUUUCUGGUAAUCAUGUUUUGGACAAAUUUUAGUGCCAGUACUCCCUCUCAGCCUGGUAAGCCAAGGCAUUACUAUCACACAAAUCCAAUGCCAGCCCUGGUGCCCUGGCCCAUCCCAGUCUGGCUGUAGGAGCUGCGGUGAUGUCUGGCAGCACCUGGCUGCAGUUCCAAAGCCCUUCCCUGAAGCAAAACAGGCUGUGAAGGACCUUCUCCCAUGGCUUGGCCUCUGGAACCUGGGAGAACACCACAGAGCUGCAAGGCCCCUGUGCAGUUCCUGCAGCUGCACACGUGCAGGGCAUUGCUGCAGACACUGACCUGCAGCAGAGUGCCUUCAGCAAGCGGGAGAGCUGCAGCAGGGCACUGACACAGCUCUCCUCCUCCUCAAGGAUGAAUUUAGCUCCCCUGGGAGGCAAGGCUGGGCCUCUGGGAUUUUGCUGUGAGAAGUUCUGAAGAUAAGCAGCCAGUGCUCUGCCCACCCAAGCAUCUGUGCCAGCAGUGAGUGUUCCAGUGACAGGCUCACACAGCCGGCCCCGGCCUCCGUACGCACCCAGAGCAACAAGAGGCAAGCAGAGCUUUCAUUUCAUUACAGUGGCUUUAGAAAGCUCUGAACAAAAUCAACUUCCCACACUGGCUCUAAAUGCAGACUACAUUCAGAAGAGCGGCAGCACAUAGUUGGAAUUUAAAAUUCUGGUUUUUAAUCACAGCUUACUGUGGAGCAAAGAAAAUAUGUUAUCAGUGGUUGUUGCCUAACCUGCUGGAUGCUCCCAUACCAAGCUAAAUUUAAAAAUAAAAAUCAGGUAUUCUGAAGUGACAUCAUUUGUCUUAGAUGUUAUUGUCAUUUAUUUCCCCAACAGAAGCUGCCAAUUUGGAGUACACAAUCAUCUCUGCUUGUAAGCAGUGGACUACUAGUUUUAAACUCUUAUUUCCUGACACUGAAUUUUCUCCUAGAAAAACUUACUGGAAAAAAACUUACUGGAGCCCAUUGCUCAGCAGAAGCAAUUCUCAGAUUGUUGCACACUGCAACAAGGCUCUGAUAGUCCUGAAGCAGCUGUGCUGUGGGAGCCCAGAAUGUGCAGAAAU